AUGCGUUACAUCCCCCGACUCUUCGUCCUGUGUCUGCUGGUUCUCCUGGGCACAGUGACCACAGCGACACCAUGGCAGCCUCACGGUGAAGUGCUGCGGCGGGCGGAGAAAGACACCACCACCACCGCAGCAGAGAGUGCCACGACGGGCGCGGCCGCAACAACCGCCGCGACAGCGUCGAAGACCGACUCCAAGACCGACACCGCGUCCGCCACCGACUCGACCGGCACCGGCACCGGCACCGGCACGACGACCAAGAGCAGCACGACCGGCCAGACAACCAGCACCAGCGGCUCAACCGGGACCUCCAACACGACCUACACCGGCACGGGCGGGAUCUCGAUGCUGGACCCGAACGAGUACUCGACGACAUACUACAAGAUCGGCAACUACGUGACGUUCGAAUGGAACUACACGUCGCUGUCGGUGACGCCGUCGGGGGUCAACGUCGUGGCGUCGUGCAGUCUGAACAGCCACACCUACACCAUCUCCAGCAACAUGAGCGUCUCGCCCACCGGCAAGGUCGUCUGGGAUACGAAGAAGUACCAGGCCAACGCCACGGUCCCGCUGCUGACCGCCUCGUACACCCUGAUCAUCUGGGACGCGGCCAAGGGCAUCUCCGCGACGGCGAGUGCGGGCCAUCUCGCGGCUGCGAGUCACUCGUUCGCCAUGUAUGUCCCGCAGCCGUACACCCCGCUCAAUGGCUUCAUCUGCGCCACCUGCAGCUUCGCCCUCUCCGAAAUCGAGCGGCUAGGCCUCAAAUUCGCCUUUGGCAUGAUGGCCAUCACCAUCGCCUCGUUCACCUGGUUCGCCGGCGACUUUGGGGUGUUUGCCACGUAA